AAAAGGAGCAAGAACCUUUCUCUAAAUUUAUUUUAAAACCCACAGCUCAUCUAAUAACGCACCUAAAAAUGUCAGUGUGAAGUGAUGUAUUUGGGGGUUCCUUUUCUGCACAAUCAGCAGGUGCAGCAUCCUCUGUGCAUGUACGGACCAAUAUAAAUCGAGACAAAUUCUCAUUGUACAACAAAAUACCAUGUGACUUCGAACAUUUCUUCAUCUGCGAUGUUGAAACAAGCACAAGGAAGGCACUUGGCAUUGCUGCUCCCGAGUUUCAGCGGGUAGAUACAUAUGACAUCAGGAUCGCCUUCAGUCAGAAAUCUUGAAGUGCAGCUUUGCUGGGUGGGUCUCUGAAGAAUUUGAAAGGGUUCUGGAGAUAGGGCGUGUUUACCUGUGUCAAAGUAGGGAGCGUGAUGCCUCUUCCCUGCUAAUGUGCUUAUGUUCCCUUUGACGGCAACAUCGUAAAGCAUGGCACACAUAUUGAAGACACUCAACAGCUGGUUCUGGUGGGAAAAUAUCUGGAUGCCUAUUAAUUGCACGUGGGCAGAUUUUGUAGACCGUGAUGGACUUGUCUUUCCAAAACCACAACAAUUAUAUGCUACAAUACCAUAUGCUUUUGUAUUGCUGUUUAUCCGAUUCUUCAGUGAAAGAUACAUUGCUAUACCUCUAGCAAAAGCCUUAGGUAUAAAGAAUGUAAGACGUGUGAAGCCACAACCUAAUCCUGUUUUAGAGAGUUAUUUCCGGGAGUGCUCAAAACAUCCAUCCCAAUCAGAGAUUCAAGGCCUUGCCAAAAAGUGCAACUGUACAGUCCGUUUGGUGGAAAAGUGGUUUAGGAGACGGCGAAACCUUGAGAUCCCAACAGUGCUUCGGAAAUUCCAGGAAGCUUUCUGGCGAUUUUCAUUCUAUCUUACGUCCUCCAUUGUUGGAUUUAUAUUUCUGUACGAUAAACCUUGGUUUUACGACAUAUGGCAGACGUGGGUUGGCUACCCGUUUCAGACUGUGCUGCCAUCCCAGUAUUGGUACUACAUGAUGGAGAUUGGUUUUUACUGGUCUCUCUUAUUUACACUCGGGAUUGACAACAGAAGGAAGGAUUUUCUGGCUCACGUCGUUCAUCACUUGGCAGCCAUUGGGUUGAUGAGCGGCUCUUGGUGUGGCAAUUACGUGCGUGUUGGAACGCUGGUGAUGUUUGUGCACGACACUGCAGAUUUCUGGCUUGAGGCAGCCAAAAUGUUUAAUUACGCUCACUGGGAGAAGACCUGCAAUAUGCUCUUUAUCAUCUUUUCUAUCGCAUUCUUCAUCACAAGAAUCAUCCUGUUCCCCUUCUGGAUUCUGCGUGCCACGUUGUAUCUGCCUACAUACUACUCCACGACUCCUGUCAUAGCAUAUUUUUUUUUCAAUGGGCAGCUAUUGAUCCUUCAAGGCUUGCAUUUAUAUUGGGGUUCCUUAAUUUUCAAGAUUUUGAAAAGGUUCAUUUUCUUAAAGGACUUGAAAGAUGACCGGAGUGAUGAAGAAGAGGAAGAUUCUGUUACAGAUAAUGAAGAGGAGUCCAUAAAGAAUGUCAGCAAGAAUGGCUGUGGGUCAAGCAAACAUCUUCUAAACAGCAGUCACCACUAGCCCCCUCCUGCCUCGCCUCCUGCAGUGAUUUCUGCUGGUUUUUACCCAACCUACAGGAUAGAAUUCAAGUCAAAAGGCUUAUGAGAGACUGUGAUUGAUUUAUUGUUGGCUACCGGACCUGGAAAAAAGCCCAGUUUAGAGGGGAGGGGAAUAUUGCAUAACAUGACAAAAUGUGUUAAUGACCCACUUUCUGGAUCAUUGCGAAGUGUUUGGGCACACUGACUGUUCCACUCUGACAGUGCUCAGCAAGGUCAAAGCUCAAGAGUGUCAGAUCAUUUAGUGUCCCAUUGAUUCUAAUAUUGGUUUUCAAUCUGAUAUAAGAUAUAUUUCACCAAGCAGUUUAAUAUUGUGGUAGGUAAAUAGUGUGAACUCAAUUAGGAACCAGAAUUGCUCAAUGUGGGAAAAAAUUGACAGUGAUGCACAGUGACUGGCGUUUUAGUCUUUACUUGGCAGUUUAAACCUUCAUCAAAAUGGCUGGUUUCGUGAGUUAGGUUCCAUGUCCUGGAGGCCAAGGGAAGGUAAAAUGAAGGAAGUCAAAUUAUUUGCAUGUGAAGAGCCAACUUCACUGCAGAAAUAGUCUUUCUCCAAAAUACGCUGUAUGAUAAAUAGCUCAUAUAUUGUGUUCUCAGAUAUACCUGACAAGAAAGUCACUGUUCAAAGAGCAAAACUCGGCCCAAAUUCUCUAUUGAGCUCCAGGUUUCACAGACAUCUUUCCUCUCAGUCAUUGUGGCCCAGUGUUAGAACAGAAGGCACAAUGGGGAGGGAAGAUGGUGAAGUAAAAUUGGGUCUUCUCACAGUUCUUUCACACUUCUUAUUUGUCUUCAAAACUGCUGAACACCCCUUGCUCCUGGCACGUCUGCAGCCCAGCAGAUUAAAAAUAAAUGUCAUCCAUUCCUUUCUUGUGAGCUUGUCUCCCACAGUGCCGUUGGGUGACUGUCUUCUCAGGUGGGGCCCUGCUAAAUUGUGUUCUCUGGUUCCUGUGUGUUCGCUGCACGUACCUGAGCACUGGGAGAGCAUGGGGUGAACCAGGAAUGUCACAUCCUUAGUGCUGUGUAUUCAUUUGAGAUCAAGACCUGUAUCUCCAUCUCUGCUCUUGUUGAAAAUAAGGAAUCGCAUCAGCUGGAGCCGAACUCGAAUGGGAGUGUGUGAGUUAAGCAGCAUACAGUUCUUUGUGCUGUAACAAAUGGAAGAACCGUGGUGGUUUUAUCAGCUCUUCUUGCCAAAAGUGCCUCUCUUGAAUUUGCACUUUUUUUUCUAAUGCCCAUGCAAUGUCCUGCAGUGUUUUCAGUCCCGGGGCUUUCCAGAGAGAGCCUGAGCCUUUUAAACAGGGUGGUACCAGUCUCAUUUCCAGAUGCCUUUAGCUCACAAGGCCAUAAAUGAUUUGUGUCACAUGUUUUAGAGGUGAGAGGCUCUCCAUGUGCUUCUACAGUAGCUGAGAUCAUCUGGUGAACUAAAACCAGUAGCUUGACAGAGACCAGGGGACCACUGCUGAAACAGCCCCAGGGCUGAGCUUUUGGGUCGAGAAGGCUUUUUUCCCUUUAAAGCUGCUCUGGCAGGAACCUGGUGACCUACAGGAAGUGCUAUGUGACUUGACUUGUUUUCUCAAGAUUUCCUUGGCAAAGGGGGAUACAGUUCGUUGACUAAAGCAUUUGAAAGAAUGGGAAAUGUUUGGGAGCUUAGAUAUGAAGGAAGAAUUGUUUUUCUGUGCAGUUACAAGAAACUGUAGGAGUAGUUUGUUCUAGAGACUGGUAACAUGAAAAUAUCUACAUAUGGUCUGUUGAAUGAGGCUGUGCUUUAUUUUUACUCAUAUCUUGUACUGUGUAAUAUCCUGAAUGUUUGUGUUUUGCCACAAAGACAAUUACAUCGAGACAGGAGCGUGGCCUACAGCUUCUGAGAAAGAUGGAACCGCACGGUGGUGGGACAGGACUCCUGAGCCCGUAGUUGCGCUCGGUGAAGCUGCUGGGGCUGAGCAGGCAGAAUUCCCUACAUAGUUGUUGUACAGCAGCGGGUUUCCUUACACAGCUGUGGAGAAUACCUUAAAUACUGCACUGUGGGUUUAUUGGAAGUGUAAGUACUUAUUACAUCAUCUAAAGCAACUAGUGAGUUUGGCAGGGUCACAGUUGCUUAUCAGGGCCUGUUUAUUGCCUACAUGAAAAGAACUGGCCUUUCCUAACAAAAUGUAGAAAUCCGACGUCUUGGAGGCUUUACACUCCCUUUGAGAGCAGUGGAGACAACGAUGCUUUCUACAAGCCAUAAUGAGGUUUUGGGAGUUGGCCACGGUAUUAUCAUUUAAUUUUGGUGCCAGAAAGCUUUCCUUCUAUGACUAGGAAAGGAAUUUGGGAAAGGAAGCUCAAAGAAUGAUGUUGUCAGAGGAACGAGCCUCUGAACAGCUACUGAGUUUUAAACUGGAAUUUAUAGUCUCGAGGCCAGCUCUUGCCCUUCCUACUCGGACAAGUCUCCCACUGAAGCCAAUUAACUCCGUUGGAGUUUUGCCUAGGAACAAUUUUGGAUUGCAGUUAUCCAACCUAAUUACCAGACCUGUUGUUUUAAAUCAGUGUGAAAGCAGGGUCUUAAAGGAAGCAAACAAGGUAGAUAAAUACAUUCAAACAUUAAAAUGUUGAGGCAAAUUUGAGGUGAGCACAGAAGAAUAUGGAAGAAAAUAAAGUCCUGAAGGUGAAGAUUAAAUCCAAGCACAGUAAACAACCAAAUAACUACAUCACCUGGCAGUCAGGGGGUGGAAUCAGCGUGACCAUGAAGGCCAUUCCAAGGGGUUAUGGCCAUGGCCAAAGUGAUAAAACCUAAAAAUUCUGAAGGUAAACCAGCAGGUAUUGGGAACAAAUAACCACAGCACAGGGAGAAGUAGGAAUGGAUUUUCACAGUGGGACUGGACACACGUCCUGUUAACAUCAGGUGUGUCAUUCCUGAGGUGACACGUGUUGCAUUUUCCACUUUUUACUGAUAGAAACUUGGAAACAAGAAGCUAAAGUAAUGUGGAACGCAAUUCAUGCUAAAUAAAUUAAUGUCAUGGUGCUUCCAGAUUUUCAGACUAUUCAAUGCACUUAACCUUUUUCUUUUUUCAUGUUAUCCUGAAAGGUGUCAAAAUGCAAGAGCAGGACAAUCGCAGGUGAUGGGUAUGAGCACAGAUGACAGAUUCUAAUGCCUUAUUUUGACCAGUUCACAAAAUGUGUCCUGGUUUAAUGCUUGAGACUGUGCAUCUGGUUUUGCUGUGUCACUUUGACCGUGAAAAAGUAUAAUAGAAUAAAAAUGAAAUUUAGUUCAUUAGGAUCAGUAGAAACUCUUCUGUUCCGUUUAAUUCCUCUGAGUUUUGUUCAGGUCCUUCUGUCUGUGUGUACUCUGCUGCUCCUGUGCUUAUUUACUACAUAGAGUUAUCAGUUUACUAUGGAUUUGAAAUACAGACCUCAUUUACUCCACAGAACUCAUUUUGUCAAUUUGUAUCAUUGAGUAUCAUCAUCUGUUUUUUGUUCUUAAUGCCACUGAAUUUGUCUGGUCAGUUGUGCUACACACUAUAAAUAAAUAUUUUUUGAAAACAGGUA